AUGGUGAUUGAGUCCGUGAAGAAAGCCCAAGAAGAAAAUGCUACCAACAUACUCUCCCGUGCCUUGCACAUCUGCAAAGAAAAGAAGGUGAAGGCAGAAACUCUGAUUCUUCAAGGUGAUCCGAAGGAUAAGAUAUGUCAAGCAGCCGAGGAAUUGGGAGUUGAUCUUCUAGUUGUUGGUAGUCGUGGGCUUGGUACGAUUAAAAGGGCAUUGCUGGGAAGUGUGAGCAAUUAUUGUGUGCAUCAUGUCCAUUGCCCCGUUCUCAUCGUGAAGCCGCCUCCCAAACAGGCUCAUGACUGA